ACAGGUCUACACAGAAGUUAUUUUCUGGGUUGGGCUGCAGGGACGCCCUUCUUCAAACCCAGCUUUUUCUGAUCUUUCGGUAGAGCACAAGGAGCUCAACUGUGACACCUUUUCUCCAAGAAACUGUGCCCUCUACUUCUCACAGCCAUGGGUCAGGCAUCCUCCUCCACAACCCCUAAUAAAGAGGCUCAAGAUUUUACCUUCAGCUGUGACAAGUUUUUUAAGACUUUCAAGAUGGAAAGCAAAAUCCUCUCUCCAGAAACCAUUGCUUCAAUUCAAUCACACCUGGAUGAGGGGAAUAUUCAGAAAACUGUUUCUGCAAUUAACGAUGCAUUGAAAAACAUCCAGAAUGCCCCACUGAACAUUGCAGUGACAGGGGAGAGUGGAGCAGGGAAGUCCACUUUCAUCAAUGCCUUGCGGGGGGUGGGGCAUGAAGAAAAAGAUGCAGCUGCCACUGGGGUGGUGGAGACAACCAUGGAGAGAACUCGAUAUCAACACCCAAAGCUUCCUAACGUGAUAAUAUGGGACCUUCCUGGGAUUGGGACCACUAACUUCCAACCCCGAAAGUACCUGAAGAAAAUGAUGUUUGGUGAGUAUGAUUUUUUCAUUAUCAUCUCUUCUACACGCUUCAAAGAAAAUGAUGCACACCUGGCCAAAGCCAUUGCAAAAAUGAACAAGCAGUUUUACUUCGUUCGAACAAAAAUCGAUAGUGAUGUAUACAAUCAGAAAACAUGCACACCUAAAUCCUUCAAUAGGGACGAGCUCCUGCAAAAGAUUCGAGAUGACUGUCUCAAACACCUGAAAGAUAACAAUAUAAAUGGUGCUCAAGUCUUCUUAGUCUCUAGCAUUCACGUGUCUGACUAUGACUUCCCUAACCUGGAGACCACUCUUCUGAAGGAGCUGCCCGCUCACAAGCGCUACAUCUUCAUGCAAUGCCUGCCAAGUGUUACUGAGGCUGCCAUUGAUCGGAAGAGAGAUUCCCUGAAGCAGAUGGUCUGGCUGGAGGCCCUAAAGGCUGGAGCAUCAGCUACCAUUCCUAUGAUGGGAUUAAUCAAUGAUAAUGAUAUAGAGAAGUUAAAGGAGACCUUAACCUUUUACAGAUCUUACUUUGGGCUGGAUGAUGCAUCACUGGAAAAUAUGGCUAAGGAUUUCCAAGUAUCCAUGCAGGAACUCAAGGCAAACAUUAAAUCUCCCCAUUUGCUCUCAGUUGACAGGGAUGAAUCCUUAGGGGAAAAAAUACUGACAUAUAUUGAGAAAGUUUGCUCAGUCACUGGAGGAUUCCUUGCCACUGGUCUUUACUUUAGAAAGGUCUUCUAUUUACAAACUUAUUUCCUUGACACUGUGGUCAGUGAUGCUAAAGUUCUCCUUAAAAGGGAAGCUCUUUUCACAGACUCAGAGAUCUCUGAGCAGAGCUUUAAAAAUGGGGUAAGUGAAGCAGAGAGCCCCUGACUUUACCUCAGUGUUUUCAUGGCACUGCAGACUGAAGAGAUCGGCUUAAGGAUCUCUUGAAGCAUCAUGGCCAGGCUGCAAUAUUCUUGGAUAUGAUCCUUCUUGGCAAAAUAAAGUACAGGAAUCUGGAAUUGUAUGCUAAGAAAAGAGAAUAUCUCUGUUUGCUGGUUAUUUGUACCCAGGAAAGGCUCAUUGAAGAUAUUGGGCACAGUGAAG